AUGCCGACUUUGGCGUUGACUAAUUUCAAUAUUGUGUGCGCCUCCUUGGGUGGCUUCGUCACAUUGUUUGGCCUUGUGUCUUAUUUGAUGAAGGAGAAGUUCUACCUUUCAGAAGCAUUGAUCUCUCUGAUUGCCGGACUUGUUUUCUCCCCACAUGCCACCAACUGGAUACGACCACACGAAUAUGCGCUGCAAUCAGUUGAGAACUUGGACGCUAUCACGUUGUACUUCACUCGAGUUGUUCUUGGAGUGCAGCUUGUCCUUGCUGGAGUUCAGCUGCCUUCCAAGUACCUGAAAACAGAAUGGAAAAGUCUGGCUUUGCUGCUCGGUCCGGUCAUGACGACUAUGUGGGUCGUUACCAGCCUCCUCGUCUUUGCAAUGGUCCCUCACAUAAGCUUCCUGCAGGCCUUGGCGGUUGGUGCUUGUGUCACACCCACGGAUCCUGUGCUAUCUAACUCUAUCGUGAAGGGGAAGUUUGCGGACAAGAACAUUCCCAAGGAGCUUCAGAAAAUUAUCGUUGCUGAAUCUGGAGCAAACGAUGGCUUGGGUUAUCCAUUCUUGUUCCUGCCGCUUUACUUGAUCCAGUACAUCGGGAGUUCCGGACAUGAAGACGGCAAAGCAAGUACUGCGGUUGGCUUAUGGUUUGGAGAAACAUUAGGAUACACCAUCAUCUUGAGUGUAGUCUAUGGCGCCGUCGUGGGGUGGCUUGCGAAAGAGCUAUUGCACUGGGCUGAAGAGAAGAAGUACGUUGAUCGCGAAAGCUUCCUGGUGUUCGCCAUCACCCUGGCACUAUUCAUUGUUGGCACCGUGGGCAUGAUUGGCAGCGACGAUGUUCUGGCAUGCUUCAUUGCUGGAAAUACGUUUACCUGGGAUGACUGGUUCCGGCUCGAGACAAUGGACGACUCUUUCCAACCCACUAUCGACAUGCUGCUCAACGUAUCAAUCUUCAUUUGGUUUGGAGCAAUCUGCCCUUGGGCUGAAUUCUACCACAAUAACGUAAUCCCCAUAUGGCGCCUAGUCAUCCUUGGUAUUCUGGUCCUCCUACUUCGCCGUCCUCCCAUCGUCUUCGGUAUGCACAAGCACAUUCACCAGAUCGAGCAGAAACGACAAGCACUAUUUGUUGGUUUCUUCGGUCCUAUUGGCGUGAGUGCUGCCUUCUACCUCUACGUCAGCAUCGAAUUCCUCAACAAGCUCAAAGUCAACGGGGAGACUAGAGAGGACGCAGCAUAUCUCAUAGAAGUCAUGAACGUGGUGAUCUGGUUCCUGAUCAUCUGCUCGGUCGUUGUCCACGGCCUCAGCAUUCCCCUUGGCAAGCUCGGAUUCUUUAUUCCCCGAACCCUGUCACGAGCCAUAUCAGCACGAAGUGACGAGCCAGAGCCCUUCUAUAUCGCAGAAGACGCUGAUGACGCAACUACGGACAUAGAGCAGCGUCUUCGACGGCGGCCUGGAUGGUCCCGCACAGGAGGCGAUUCGUUGCCGAACCGCGUGGUGCGCAUUGGCAGAUCCAUCAUUCGAUCCGGAGACAACUCGAGGAGUCAGUCUACGAGUAAUGUGCAGACCCCUGUGCCGUUAUCGGCCGCCCCAACAGUAGCAAGAAGUGAAGGAGUGGUUGGAGCUGUCAGUGCCUCCACAAGCACGGGAGAUGUGGGACUUCAAAGGACUAUCAGAUUUCCUGAUGAACAGCCGCUGGGAACCAAGCCAUGA